GCAUAUCACUGAUAACGGUGUUUGGUUUAUCUGUGUCAAAGUUGACCUCUAGAGGUCAAAGUUUGCACGGGUGGGCCAACGCACCGACCGAAAUAACAAAUUAACUUUUUCUACUUUCUUAUUAUUUCAAUUUGUUUUUAUUUGUUUUUAUUCACGAGUUUGAACAAUUGAAAAGCAAUUUAUUCCAAAAAUGAAGGCAAUUGGCAUUUUGUUUUUUGUUUUAAUGUUUGUAAGCUCCUCUCAUCAAAUCGAGGAAGAUUUUGUGACCAUGGUCAGCCAAAAUUUCAACCCCAAGAUGAACAGCAAAUUGGAACAGCACAUUCUUCAUCUUCAUAAGCAAGAACUUGCCCUUAAAGCAUAUGAAUCUUAUUACGGCCGAUCAGACGUGGACCUUCCCGGGCUGAAGAAGGUGAUGAAAGAACUCAAAGAAAGGGCGCACGAGAACGCCCUUGAGAUUACCACGUUCAUCAACGCGAGGGGCGGUAUCAUUCGCUAUCCAGCAGUGCAGCUGAGCGCCGCUUGUGACGACAUCGGGAGGUCGUUGACAGCCUAUCACGUGACACAGCCCAGCACGACAACUUCCGUUUCUCUGGCACCGAGAACAACGCCAUACAUUUGUCAGUUCCUUACCAAGCCGGAGAAAUCAGAACCAACAAAGAAGAAGAAAGUGUCGGGGAUUAAAAAAUUUCUUGGCUUUUUGGACAGUAAUGAGGAUCAAGAAAAGAGAGGAGUCAUUCAACGUCAAGAUUGGCAGUCUGGCCUGUACGGCCUUGAGGAUGCCCUGGCCUUUGAGAAGUCAAUCAACGACGGUCUUCUGGCGCUGACCAAAGCCGCUGUCCAGUUUACAGAUCCACUGACAAGAGAGCACAUGGAAGUCAUGCUGGAGAAGCAAGCUGACGUCAUCAAACGUCUGGGUGACCUCAUCACCAGACUCCGCCAGUACAAACAGGACGAGGACUACACGCUGGGCGAGUACCUACUGGACCAGGAGUUGCAGUCUUAGGCCGGAC